CCCCAUUGCCGAAUGGUCGCCCUGGCAUCUCGCUCGCACAGACAGGUGUUGAAGGAAGGCUAAUCAGAUUGUCACCCCAGGAAAUGUCUUCAGAGGUCUACAUUUGCGCAGCACGCAUGCGCCUGUGUGCCGACAUCUGUUAAUAAUGAUAAAAUGAUAAAACGGAUGAUCUUGUUUCCGGCUGGCGUGCUGUCUGUAAGAAAGGUGAGCCCUCCCCGUCCUCACGCUGAGGAAAGCCCCUCCCAGGCUCGCGUUUACGAGCAGAUUCUGUCAGGCGAACUGCCUCCCAGAACAGGCAUAAAUAUCCCUUUAUGACGUGGCUCCUCGCUGCCAGACCUUACCGAACACCGUAUAUCACCAGGCACAAGGAGACACUUGGCACGUGAAAGAUACAGACUCUCAGGAAUAAAUCUAACGAAAUGCCCCUCGCAACGGUGUCAGAGGCCUUUUCUGCUUUUAUCGUGAAAAAUGAAAGUCCUGCUUGUUUUCCUCCUGACGGUGUGCUGUUUGCUCUCUGGCCUGUGGGCCGGGGUGCUGCCUGACGGCUAAUUGCAUCUGAAGAGCGUGCGUCAUGCCUCGUUUAAUUCCUCGCACGUUCCUUUGAGUAACGAAACUGCAGCCCCUGGGGCCCUUGGGUCUGCCUUUUACCGGAAUGUGCUUUUUUGUUUGUUCCUGGGAGUUGGGGCUGUCGGGGUGACUCUGCAGAUGACAUGUCGGUUAUGGUUUGGUAGCCGAAGGGUCACGUGACAUGAGUCCGUACAUUUUAAAAAAAAAAAAAAAAAAAAAAAAAAAAACAGAAAACAGUCCUGGUCUGGACUUCAGCAGUUAGGACCAUAAACACUCAAAGCUUCAUUUUGUCUUUGUCACUUGGCAGAGCUGACGUUUCUGUUUGCAUUUAUUCAUUCAUCUGACUCUUAUCCAGAGCAGCUUACGCUAGAGAGAAUGGUGACGGUUCCUCUGCUGUUCUUGAGAUUUGAACCUGUCACCUUUGUGUUGACUGCUUCGGUAUGUUUUCAGGGCCCAUCCUUACUCGGAAGAGGGCCGAUGGCAGACCGGCCUUAGAGGGGUAUCCGCUUUUACAUGUGUGCUCUUGCUGCUCCCUCCGUAUACAAAGGGCUCAUCGCUGGGCCCCCAGGAGUGAGCGAAACACAAACUCCUUGGGGUGUCAGGGCUAAGGGCCUGGCGACGGGCGGUCCAUGAGAAUUGACCGCGGUGGGGUGGGGGGAGGGUUCUGGAGACAGCAGGUGGCGCAGCAGCUUACGAAUAUGACAUUUGGGUCCAUGAUCUGGCGGGUACCCGAAAGACCGUGCUGUCGUAUCUUGUAGCCAUUUAAAGGGUGUUUAAUAUUUGUCCAGUCAUCUGUUUUACCUGAGGGUGUAGUGGGGGUUAGGGUUACUAGCUGAAAUGACCUUUUUUCUUUUCAUAGCCACACAAAACGUCCAAGGUCAGAAUUCAAGACAACUGUUGAUUUGAGCAAAUUCAGGUUAAAGUAACGAGGUGUGUGUGUGUGUAUGUGCUAGGCGUAUUUUAAAAGCUAGUUUUCACAAGCUUACUUCUUGGAACUUCAACUUCCAAAUAUAAUGGGUAGUACUUUUUUCUUUUAUUUUAUCCACCCCUGUGGUGUGGCUUUGAAAGAAGACAGCUUCUUUACAAAUGGCCCGGAAUCAAAUCACUGACGUGUCUGUAGUGACGAUUCCCCGAGAAACCCUGGCAUGGCCAUUUCCCUCGGUGUUCCUGAGUUGGACACUCCUGAGUUUUGGACACUCGGUUUGCUCUGUGGCGGGGCUGUCUGCAGGUGGCCUGGUGGCUAAAGCACUGCAACGGGGCCGGAUCCGAAAGCAGUGCGGUGUGGUGGUUUUUGCUCUGUGGGGCGUAAAUGAGAACAGCUGCAGCUGCAGACGGGCUGGUUGGGGUGCAGCAAGCGGAGCUGCGUGACGUGAUGCUUUGUAUGCGCAGUGCUGCUGCAGACGGGCUGGUUCGGGCGCAGCGAGUGGAGCUGCGUGAUGUGAUGCUCUGUAUGCGCAGUGCUGCUGCAGACGAGCUGGUUCGGGCGCAGCGAGUGGAGCUGUGUGACGCGAUGCCCUCUAUGCGCAGUGCUGCUGCAGACGGGCUGGUUGGGGCGCAGCGAGCGGAGCUGCGUGACGUGAUGCUAUGUAUGCGCAGUGCUGCUGCAGACGGGCUGGUUCGGGCGCAGCAAGUGGAGCUGCGUGACGUGAUGCUCUGUAUGCGCAGUGCUGCUGCAGACGGGCUGGUUGGGGUGCAGCAAGCGGAGCUGCGUGACGUGAUGCUCUGUAUGCGCAGUGCUGCUGCAGACGGGCUGGUUGGGGUGCAGCAAGCGGAGCUGCGUGACGUGAUGCUCUGUAUGCGCAGUGCUGCUGCAGACGAGCUGGUUCGGGCGCAGCGAGUGGAGCUGUGUGACGCGAUGCCCUCUAUGCGCAGUGCUGCUGCAGACGGGCUGGUUGGGGCGCAGCGAGUGGAGCUGCGUGACGUGAUGCUCUGUAUGCGCAGUGCUGCUGCAGACGGGCUGGUUGGGGCGCAGCGAGCGGAGCUGCGUGACGUGAUGCUCUGUAUGUGCAGUACUGCUACAGACAGGCUGGUUGGGGCGCAGCGAGCGGAGCUGCGUGACGUGAUGCUCUGUAUGUGCAGUACUGCUGAAGACGGGCUGGUUGGGGCACAGCGAGCGGAGCUGCGUGACGUGAUGCUCUGUAUGCGCAGUGCUGCUGCAGACGGGCUGGUUGGGCUGCAGCAAGCGGAGCUGCGUGACGUGAUGCUAUUUAUGCGCAGUGCUGCUGCAGACGGGCUGGUUCGGGCGCAGCGAGUGGAGCUGCGUGACGUGAUGCUCUGUAUGCGCAGUGCUGCUGCAGACGAGCUGGUUCGGGCGCAGCGAGUGGAGCUGUGUGACGCGAUGCCCUCUAUGCGCAGUGCUGCUGCAGACGGGCUGGUUGGGGCGCAGCGAGUGGAGCUGCGUGACGUGAUGCUCUGUAUGCGCAGUGCUGCUGCAGACGGGCUGGUUGGGGCGCAGCGAGCGGAGCUGCGUGACGUGAUGCUCUGUAUGCGCAGUACUGCUACAGACAGGCUGGUUGGGGCGCAGCGAGCGGAGCUGCGUGACGUGAUGCUCUGUAUGUGCAGUACUGCUACAGACGGGCUGGUUGGGGCGCAGCGAGCGGAGCUGCGUGACGUGAUGCUCUGUAUGUGCAGUACUGCUACAGACGGGCUGGUUCGGGCGCAGCGAGUGGAGCUGUGUGACGCGAUGCCCUCUAUGCGCAGUGCUGCUGCAGAUGGGCUGGUUGGGGCCCCCAAUGGUUUCCUUUGUAUCAGCUCUGCGACUCCUUUGUCCUCGGGUGCUUGCUGACCUGCAGAUCUCAGGCCACCCGGACAGCCCCAAGCUGUCUGAGGCUGCACGGAAAAUAAGUCUCAUUGGUGUGAAUCCCAUGCAGGAUUUAUUUGCCCGUGUUGGACCCCCCCCCCCCCCCCCCCCCAUUUUCACAAACCACCGCCCUGUAAUGGGGUCCAUGACACUCAGUACCCAAUAGAGUCCUUCAGGAUGAAGUGGGCCCUGCAAAUCCACGGCCACAGGUCCAGUUACUCGGCUAUGUGAAAAGAGCAAGUUGUUCGUUUCGCUGGCUAGUGCAGGGAUUGGAUGUUGGGAAUGAAGAUCGAGUGCCCUGUCGGAUUUCCAGCACAGUAAAUUUAUUGUUGCUGGUCAGUCAGCGAAUGUGCCUCUCGCGGACAAAUGGAAACUCAAGGUAACCUCUGGAAAAGCCAGGUAUUAAAACUAUUCUAGCAUGGCCGCCGUGGAAAGCGGGGCCAGCGGUAAUGACAUGGAGUUUCUCCAGAAAAAAAAGCAGAAUAACAAAACAAACACUUUUUAGAAAUAAAAUGGUGACCUUUUUAUUGGCAUGAGAGUGCAUUUUCCCUGUGUUGAUCGCUCUUAGAUGUUCCAUAUUUCUGAAGCUUGUUUGUACACGGUCAGAUGGCCGCCCCGAUCAAAAGGCCCCACUGUUCGGCUCGUCAGUCAGUCCGCCCCAGAGCUGUCAGCUGGCCUAUUCCGUGAUGGGCUGACAACAAACCCCAAUUUUAAAAUAUGGAAACCGGAUUGCAGCUAAUAGUCGGAACGUCCAGCUUCGACGAUUUAUGCACCGUUUAUGUAACUAACUUGGAAAGUAACGAGGCUGGUAAUUUAGGAGUGUGAGAGGUGGGGGUGGUGGGGGGGGGCAUGUAAGGGGAUAUGAAGGGAUGUAAGGAUCAUGCUUGGUUUCCUUUCUCAGGACGUCUUUUUAUAGUGCUGGGCCAGAGACACCUUAAAUUCCCUAAAAACCCCCCCGGAUCGUAUUUCCUCGGGCCACUAAGACUGUAAAGUCGGCUUAAGGCUGGAUCACGGAAAAGGUGCUGUGGGAACAGUGGGGUGUGAAGCCUCCUGCUUUUCUUACACCCCUCCUCCAGCUCUGCGGAAAAAGACCCGACAAACGUUAACAGAUAUUAUUUGAAUAUGGAUGAUUCUAACGCAGCAGGUGGCAAGGACCUUUAGACUCGAGGUCUGAGGGCUUUGUAAUGAUAGGUGAUUUAUCCAGAGAGAAGGUCGUGGCAUUAAUGUCUGUAAUGUAAGUGGACCUUCUGCUCUAGGUCGGCAUCAUCCGUUUUCUUCUAAAGUGUUGUGGUAUCUAUAGCGACAGCCCGCAGAGUAAGUGUGGGGGCGAGAGCCUGGGGGCCUCUCGUGUCGUGCCGUAAAUCUGCUCCCGAACCAGCAGGUUUCAAAGCGAGUUUGAAGAGCUUCCUGGAUCUGGGGAGCUUAGAAACAAGCCCGAGGGACUGGGAAGCUUGGGUCUGACAGUGUCGUAUGAGGGGGCCGUGAGAUGUGAGAUACAAGCUCAUCUGUCUCUUUGGGGCAGGGGCGCACAUUUCUCGUCGGGGCAGCCAAGCCUUUGUGCAGUAAAGUAAGGUCAUUCGUUAAGAUUUGGAUUGACCCAUCUACGCUGAACUCGUGGGUUUUCCGGUCACUCUUGUUCCCAGGGGCUUAUCAGGGAUUCCCUGAGCUGGGGCUUUCCCGAACGCUUCUGUCCCUCGCACCGUCCUCUGUGAUGCAUGGCCGUCGUUCUCUAGCUCAGGUGUGUUUUGGGUUUGGUUGUAAUGCAGAUGAUCCCUGUGGUGUUCAAGUCGCUCUCACCCGACACACCGGCGUUAAUCACAUGCCUGCCGCUGGCUGUGAGGACCCUCGUUGAUCAAAGAGGGUGACACAUGUGUUUGCAACUAAAAACAGCAACGCACUUCAUUAACCCCCCCCCCCAGGAAGACAGGGGCCCGUCUUUGAGGGAGCACGUCGCUGGGGUCAGCACGGGGACAGAAGAAUCCUGAGGCUUCUCCAUGACCACAGCUGCCUCAUGCCAAGUACCGACCAUGUGGUCAUGGCUCUCAAACACCCCCCCCCCUCCACAGAGAAGGCCUUGCAGCCUGGUUCCCAAGUCCUGAACCAAAAGUUCCACACACCUUCUGAGUGCCGUUGAGCCCUAUGCCAGGCCUGGGAGCACAGAAUAAUAGCACCAGACAUACUCAAACUAACGGUGGUUUUCUGUGUAAAGGAUUCACCGCGUGACCGAGCAGACUGGCCAGAUCAAGGCACGGAGCUGCUUAAAUUUUACAGGAGUUGUUCCGGAAGUGGUUCCUGUUGCAGCCGGCAUCUCGGGAAUAUGGACAAGGCGAUCCGCAGUGCACCAGGGGCCGCUCGGCCGGGUGCAGGAAAUGAGGGUUAGGGAGACCAGGCAGUCUUUCAGGAUGCACUUUCGGCCCUCCGCCAGCUCAUGGGGUCAAGUAGUUUAAUUAGUUUUCCCCAUCUAAAUAAACGCUGGAGUAUUGGGCCUAGAGUGGGUCGGUGAGGCAGAGUGCCUGCCUUUCCUCUCAGCUCUGCUGGGGGGGGCACAUUCGGAGCAGGCAUCGAUACCAUUCGAUCUCUGAAGCUUCGCAGAGUAAAAUAGGAAAUCUAUCGCGCAGGCCGGCACUUGCAAAGUCUAGUGCAGAGUCCUGUGCAAAGAUGCAGUGCCGGGGCCGGGGUUUGGCUGAUCGGCGGCUCUUUGUCUGCCCCUAACGCCUCCGAAGGCACGCUGUUUACACGCACGGCGCCGAGCGCCCCCGUUUGUGAACCGGAGCCUGCGAGCUGCGGCUCGCCAGUGCGUCGCUGCGCCUGGGGACCGAGCUCUGCGGUGUCCCGCCUUG